AUGCCAGUCACAGUUAUCUCCGCCAAACCGACUCAAGAGGUGAGGGGCAACUUCAGGUACAUCGUGAACCUGACAGAUCCCGUAUUCAGAGGGUAUCACCAUGGCAGGCGGAAACACGACGAUGACCUCGAAGCCAUGCUCGAGCGCUCUCGUGCCGCAGGGGUGAAGUCGAUGAUCAUUACUGGCGGGAGCCUGCACGAGUCCAGGGAAGCAUUGGAGCUCGCGAAGCAGCUAGGGUUCUACGCCACCGUAGGCUGCCAUCCGACGCGUUCGAAGCAAUUCGAUGACUUCAGGGGCGGACCGGACGCGUACCUGGCUGCACUGGAUCAACUCAUUGGACAGAAUCUCAAGGGAAAGGGAAGGGUUGUCGCUAUUGGAGAGUGUGGACUAGAUUAUGACAGGACGCAUUUCGCCUUACCGGACGUUCAGCGGAGACAUUUUCGAUCGCAGCUCGCUCUAGCGAAGAAAUACCACCUGCCAUUGUUCCUCCAUUCCCGAGCGGCGCAUGCCGACUUCGUGCGGAUCCUCCGAGAAGAGGGUUUUGGCGAAGAUGGAGGAAGAGCUGUUGGGGCGAAUGGCGGCGUCGUACAUAGCUUCACAGGAUCAGCGGAAGAGGUCACAGAACUGAUGGGCAUGGGCUUUCACAUAGGGGUGAAUGGAUGCUCCCUCAAGACCCCAGAGAACCUUGCCGCGUCCAAAAUGAUCCGCCCUGAGAAACUGAUGCUUGAGACAGACGCGCCCUGGUGCUCGAUGACAUCGACGCACGCAUCGAAACAACACCUCGCUUCCCUCCCGCCGUCUCUCAACGCGCUAUAUUUUCCGCCUGCAACGAAGCCGGAAGCCUUCGUGUACGGGAAGCCAGUGAAGGGACGCAACGAGCCGUGUGCGACCGGGGGCGUGGCGUGGGUGAUACACAGGCUGAACGAUGGUGUGCCAUUCGAGAAGGUGACGGAGAAGGCAUGGAAGAACACCGUGCAGUUGUUCGCACUGCACGAGCUCGUUGAUCAGUGA